AUGAAAAGCACUUUAACAAACUCAUUAAAAAGGAUAAUUUAGAGUGAAUUCAGCAAUAAUUAACUUUAGAUAUCCUCAAGGAGAUCCUUCCAGAAAGUUUUAUAGAAGUGAAGAAGAAGAGAAACUUGAUAAGAUUACAUUGGAACUAGAUAAAAAUAAAAAUAAAAUUUCAGAUUUAAAGAAAGCCAAAGAAAAAAUAAAACUAGAGUGUAAGCAAAAAUUAGAAGAAAUGAGACAAGAAAAUGUUAACCUCAAUUAUGCAAGAACAAAGCUAGAAAAUGAUAAUAAAUAUCUUCAAGAUCAUUUAAAACUAUCCGAAGACAAAAACACCAAUCUCCAAAACCAAAACAAAGCAGAUAAAGAAGAUCUAAAAGACUUAAUGGAAAGCAAAAUAGCAAAACACAAAAGAACUAUUGACUCCUUAAAAGCUGAUAACAAUAAUCUCCGUCACAAAAAAGCCUCUUACAAAAAGAAAUACAAAAUCCUAUCCAACCCCCCAGAAUCCACCGCUCGUAAACCCAAAGUUGUCAGGUCUCCAAAAAAGAAACCUCCCAUUGAAGAGACCAAGGAUGGCAAACUCAAGAAGAUUGAAAUUGAGUGUUCAGAGACGGAAAAUGAGAUCAGUGUUAGUGAACUGGCCAGGGAGAUUAGGGCUAAUCAGAGUGAGGAAAGUGAUACUAGUAGUGAGUAUGAAGGAGGACAAAGAGAUAUGGAAGUGCUUGAAGAGAUAGAGAAGGUUUGUGUUGAUAAUAUUCUUGAAGGAUAUGAUAGAAAGGAAGAAUUUUAGAAAAAUAUGUGUUGAGAAUUAAGAACAAGAAGCAAGGAAAUUUAAAGGAUGAAUUCAAGUAGAAUAAUUAAUCCAUUAAUUUCCUUGAAUAAAAAGUGUUC